GAAAUCAUGCCCGACGCCACAAAGUAUGAGUUUGAAACUAUCAAAGUUGAUAUUAUCGACGGAAACAUUGCCCACGUCCAACUCAACCGUCCCAAGUCCCUUAAUGCUUUCAACGACUGUCUUGUAAAGGAGGUCCGUUCCGUAUUUGAACUUUUGGCCGUCGACCAAAACAUUCGUGCCGUAGUGGUAUCCGGCUCUGGUCGUAUGUUUACUGCUGGCCUUGAUUUGGCAGAAAACAGUCUCAAAAAGCUUGUCUCUGAUUCGGAUGGUGCCCGUAUCGCAUACAAUAACCGCGCCCACAUCCGUGAUUUCCAAGCAAGCUUUACUGCAAUUGAAAACUGUGAAAAGCCAGUGAUUGCUGCAAUUCACAAUGGCUGCUUUGGUGCUGGUGUUGAUAUGACCACUGCCUGUGAUAUCCGUUAUUGCACCAAGGAUGCUUACUUUUGUGUCAAGGAAGUUGAUGUUGGUCUGGCUGCAGAUGUAGGCAGCUUACAGCGUCUCCCUAAAGUUAUUGGUAAUAAUAGUUUGGUCCGUGAACUUUGUUUCACCGGAAGAAACUUGUAUGCACCUGAAGCUCUUGAAUGUGGUUUGGUCAAUAAAGUCCUGGAAACCAAGGAGGAAGUGCUUAAUGAGGCCCUCAAGACUGCUCGUCUUAUUGCAACAAAGUCCCCUGUAGCCAUCACUGGAACAAAGCACUUGUUGAAUUUCUCGCGCGACCAUACAGUUGCCGAGAGUCUUGCUUACACUGUAACCUGGAACUCGGCAAUGUUAAACACAGAGGAUAUUACAAAGGCUGUGGAAUCCUAUGUUACCAAGAAGCCUGCUGUGUUCUCAAAGCUUUGAUAGUAUUACCUUGACAGCUCAGCUCAGCUCAGCUCAGCUUAACUUAGCUUAACUUAGCUUAACUUAGCUUAGUUUAGCUUAGCAAUUCAAAUAAAUACAAUAUACCUGUUCC